AUGGAAGAUAGCCGGCAGGUUGUGCUGAUGCGAGCAGCGAGGAACUCGGCCUCAAUCAACACAGUAGAGCUCACAUACUUGCUGUGGGGAGGCGAACACAUCGUUCUCGAGCGCCGCGGUGCUUUUGAACGUGUGGAAAAGGCACUGGAUACUUUCGAUAUCACCAAAUUGCCACGAUGCUACUCCAACACCUCUCGAGAGGCCAUGUUCGAGCAAGGCUUAGAAAUGGGCAAAGUUUGUCUCCAGGAAAUGCUCGAACAUGGUCAUGAGCACUUUGUUUGGGUCACGCCGCGUUACACUCUGAUGAAUGCCAGUCCUUUUGGUCAUAAAGCAGUGCUUUUCGAACCUGCUAUGGAGCAUAAUGGCACGCCGGAGCAACAAGCAAAGUGGCUUCCUCUCGCUCAGUCUGGCAAAAUACUAGGUACCUAUGCUCAGACAGAACUUGGCCAUGGCUCCUUUGUGCGUGGUAUCGAGACCACUGCUACUUUUGACAAGAAUACAGAUGAAUUUGUCAUUCACUCUCCAACAAUCUCAUCGACAAAGUUCUGGCCUGCGGGAUUGGGUUUCUCAACUACGCACGGCGCGGUCAUGGCUAGACUCAUUGUCGAUGACCAAGACCACGGACCGCACAUCUUCCUCGUGCAGCUUAGAUCUCUCGAGAAUGGUGCGCCCAUGGAAGGAAUCAAAAUGGGUGAUAUCGGGUUGAAGCUGGGGUACAACGAAGCAGACAACGGUUUCGCGUCGUUUGACCACAUACGCAUCCCUCGAUCGCACAUGCUGAUGGCUCACAGCCAACUCGCGCGUGACGGUACAUUUUCCAAAGACCCGCUCCGCGCAAAGCUUUCCUACUCGGUGAUGCUGCUCGUCCGCAGCAAGAUGCCCGAAGUCUUCACUGUAAAACUUGCACAGGCAUUGACAAUCGCAACCCGAUACUCUGUUGUACGACAACAAGGGCUCGGUCCUGCAGACGCAUCGAACCACGAAGAUACCAUUAUGCAGUAUAAGCACCAGCACUUCCGCUUGCUCAGCCUCAUCGCAAAGACAUACGCCAUGUUCUUUGCUUCGCGUGCGUGCGUGGCUCAGUACCAACGGCUCCGCGAUAUGCAGAGCAACAAAGAUCAUUCACUGCUGCCAUCUUUGCAUGCGCUUACGGCUGGGUUAAAAGCAUACGUAACGUCGGAGGCGGUUGAUGGUGCCGAAGAUGCUCGCAAGAUGUGUGGUGGGCAUGGAUACAUGGCAAUAUCGGGCCUUCCAGACAUCAUUGGUGCGCUGGCGGGCGGAGCAACGUUCGAGGGCGAGAACUACGUGCUGUGGCAGCAGGUUGGUCGGCAUGUACUCAAACAGCUAGAUCGCUUGCAGGAUGGCGACAAGAUGGAGCCGCAGAUGCAGUACUUGGCUGAUGUGGACGAUCCCAACGUAGCAUGCAUAGCACAUGGCAAACAGUUUCUUGCGCAAGAGACACAGUUGGCUAUGUUUCGCCAUCGCGCACACCGUAUGGUCGUCAAGGCACAUGCAGCAAUCCGCGCAUCCUGUAAGACACCAGCAAAGGCUUGGAACGAACACAUGAUGUUGCUCAUCUCGGCGUCGCGAGCACACAUCGAGUACUUCACUCUAAGGUCUUUCGUCGAUGUGAUCUCAGAGUUGCCAAAUGAUACUUCGGUGGGCCUUCGCGAGGUUUUGAAACGAGUGUGUUCGCUCUUUGCUCUCACUGCAGUCAUCAACCCGCGUUCUGUUGACGUGCUGUCUUUUGUUGAGACUGCCGCUAAUGGACCGCCAUACCUCUCGUCCGUUCAACUUGACACCAUCCGCUCGCUCGUCAAUGACCUACUUGACCAGCUCCUGCCAGAGAGCAUCGCUCUGACUGAUGCGUGGGACUUUUCGGAUGCUAGCCUGUGCAGUGCCAUUGGCAUGUACGACGGCAACGUUUACGAGAACAUUAUGCGUUGGGUGGAACAGCUACCGAUCAACCAGAAUGCGUGGAAGAACAGCGGUGUUCAAGAGGGCUGGAACAAGUGGGUUGACCCGAUCCUAAAAAAGGACAUGCAAGUUCGGGCGAAGCUGUAG